AUGGACUUUUCAAUACCGGCAAACUUACCAAUAGAAUUGCAAAAUAGAUUAAAUGAGUUGAUCCAAGAUUAUAAAGAGGAAAAUUUGACCAGAAAGGGAUAUGAAACUAAAAGAUUACAAAUAUUAGAGCAAUACGGUAUAAGGAAAACUGCGUAUCAGUAUCAGUCGAAAAAUGGUCGUAACAGUACAAUAAAGUCUUCAUCUACUUUGAGAAUGUCACCGGCUAAUGGUAACAACAACAACAAUAAAAACAAGAAAGAUACCAUCUACCUCCCAGGUAGAAACCAAAGCCUUUACAUUAAAAAUACCAAUAUCUCUGUCGCAACUCAGAACAAUAACAGUCUGAAUGAUCUAUCGAGUGCCAUAUAUUCUCCUCCAAUAAAUACAAGAGAUAGCAUAUCAGAUAUGCAAAAAUCAAUAUAUCGUGUCACUACAAUGAGUUCAAAUUCAAGUAGGAGACAUAAAAGAAAAUCAUCCACUUUCCAAUUGUCAUUACCCUUUAACUCUUCCUCUCAUACAACAUCUCCUUCUUUAUCUUCGUCACAUUCUAACUCUUCGCAUCCAGUGGAUUCUUCCUGUUCAUCGAAAAAAAAGAUAUAUGAUCCAAUGUUCCCAUUAUUGCCAAGACCUAUAGAAAAUGAAAAUGAAUCCAUGCCUAAUGCAAACACUCCAAAUAGUAAUAAUAAAACAAAUCCUGUGGCAAGUUUCGGUUCAUUACCAGUCAUAUUACGUGGUAGAUUCGAAAAUAAUAACGAUGAAAAUGCAAUGAUUUCAUUGAACUCCAAAGGGAAAGAAACAUUUAUCUCUUGGGAUAAAUUAUAUCUAAGAGCUGAAAAAGUUGCUAAUGAAUUAAAUAACUCCAAAAAUAAAUUAUACAAGAUGGACAAGAUUCUUUUAUGGUAUAAUAAAGAUGAAAUCAUAGAAUUUGCAGUCGCAAUAUUAGGUUGCUUCAUUGCUGGUAUGGUGGCAGUACCAAUCUCUUUUGAAACUUAUUCCCUAGGAGAAAUCAUUGAAAUUAUCAAAUUGACAAACUCAAAAUUUAUCCUAAUCUCAAACGAAUGUUACAAACAACUAGAUAAUUUACAUUCCACCCAAAAUAAUACCAAAAUAAAACUAAUCAAGAAUGACUUUUUCCAACAAAUCAACUUCUUAAAGACAGAUGAUUUGGGUACAUACUCUAAAGCCAAGAAAUCAUCUCCAGUAUACGAUAUACCGAACAUUUCUUACAUUGAAUUCACAAGAACUCCCCUAGGAAGAUUAUCUGGUGUAGUCAUGAAACACAAGACUUUAAUUACUCAAUUCCAAAUAUUAUCCAAAAUCAUCGAUUCAAGAGCCAUGUUACAUUGGAAGAAGAAAAACCACAUCAUGAGACCAUACGACAAGAAACCUGCUCAUCGUACCUCAAGUACAUACACUUUACAAAAUGAAAGAUUUAUCGUAUUAAAUACACUGGAUCCAACAAGAUCCACAGGAUUAAUCUUUGGUAUCCUUUUCAAUAUUUUCACGGGGAAUUUAUUGAUAUCUGUAGAUACUAAAUUAAUUGAAACACCCGGUGGAUAUGAAUCUUUAAUUAGUACAUAUAGAGCAGAUAUAUUAUUAAACGAUCAAUUACAAUUGAAACAAGUCGCAAUCAAUUAUUUGGAAAACCCAGAAUUAUCAAUCGCCAAAAAGAAAAGGAAAAUCGAUUUCAGUUGUAUUAAAGCAUGCUUGACCUCAUGUAACACAAUAGAUACUGAAGUUACUGAAAUGGUAGUACAUAAAUGGUUGAAAAAUUUAGGUUGUUUAGAUGCAACUUUAUGUUAUUCUCCCAUGUUGACAUUAUUGGAUUUCGGUGGUAUUUUCAUAUCAACAAGAGAUCAAUUGGGUAAUUUACAAAAUUUCCCCAUUCAUAACUCUAAAUUACAAUUACAAGAUCAAUUAUUCGUAAAUAAGGAGAAAUUGAAAAGUAAUAUCGUCGAAUCAAGUAUCACAGCAAUGAUCAACUCAUCAAGUUCCUUUAAGGAUUAUUCCAAAUUUGAAACUUUUGGUUUCCCCAUACCAGGCACAAUGCUAUGUGUAGUUAAUCCAGAUGAUAAUACAUUAGUAUCUGAUUUGAACGUGGGGGAAAUUUGGGUCUCUUCUAAAAAUUUAACUGAUGAAUUUUAUCAAAUGGAUAAAGUUAACGAUUUCGUAUUUAAGGCAAAAUUAAAUUAUUCCAAAAUGUAUUCAUUCAUAAACGAUUCAUCAGCAUCAUUAAACAACCCCGAUGAAAUUAAUGUAAUGAGGGAAAAAUUAGAUACCAUCUUGAAUGUUUGCCCUUCAAAUACAUCAUUCUUAAGAACUAAAUUGAUGGGGUUCAUUCAUAAUGGGAAAAUUUAUGUUCUUUCAUUGAUUGAAGAUAUGUUCUUACAAAAUAAAUUAAUUAGGUUACCUAAUUGGGCUCAUACUUCGGAUUUAAAUAAAGCUAAGAAGAAUAGAACCUCAUCCUCCAAGCAUGAAUCAAAUUCAACUAUAGAUACAAUCAAUAUGGAUUCUGAUUCUAAUAAGGAUAUAGAAAGAGAAGAUGAAAAUAUAAAACCAAUGAAACGUGAAGUACAAACUCAUUACCUUCAACAAAUUACUGAAACAGUGGUGAGAACAGUAAAUACAAUCUUCGAAGUCGCUGCAUUCGAAUUGAAUGAUAAUAAAGAAGAACAUUUCCUUGUCGUGGUAGUGGAAAGUUCACUAGCUAAAUUAACUCCUACAUAUGGAGAUUCAUCUUUAUUAGUAACAUCUUCAAGACAAAAGGAUUUAUUUGAGAAAAGUAUGAAUGAUUUAACUGAUCAAAUUUAUAGAAUACUUUGGAUUUUCCAUAAGAUACAGCCAACAUGUAUUCUUGUGGUGCCCAAGGAUACAUUACCUAGAAGGUAUUGUUCUUUGGAAUUGGCAAAUAGUACCAUUGAGAAAAGGUUUUUGAAUGGUGAAUUGGAUUCUAGAUUUGUUAAAUUUCAAUUCGAUAAUAUUAUCUUGGAUUUUAUACCACAUUCCGGGUAUUUUAAUGAAAGUAUCUUUUCUGAAAGAUUAUCUACUUUAAGAAGAACUUGUUUGGAAGAUAUUCAUAAAGCUCGUAUUGCAGAUUUCCAAAUGAAUUCAAUUUGGCAAACUUCUGGGAUUGACUAUAGGGACACUUCGUUAGAUCCAAGAAAUCCUUUGAAGAAAUUAACAGAUUUUAAAACAGUGUUGGAAGUCUUAGAAUGGAGAAUUAUAAAUAAUGGUAACGAAUUCGCAUUUUCUGAUGGUAGUAAUUCUUCAUUUGCCACUAUAAACAGUAAUGAAAAUAAUAUCCAUAAAAAGGUUUCUUGGAAAGCAUUCGAUUUAAUCGUGGCUUCAUUUUUGAAAAAAAUUGUAGGUUCUAAAGUACCUUUGAAAAAUGGCGAUCGUGUAAUUAUCAUGUGUGAUAAUUCUGUUGAAUAUGUUGCAAUGGUAAUGGCUUGUAUGUAUUGUAACUUCGUUAUUAUACCAUUACCCAUUUUCGAUGAAAAUAAUAUUGAAGAAGAGUUUGAAUUCCUAAAAACUAUUAUAAAAAGCUAUAAAGUGAAAAGAAUGUUCAUUGAUGCUAAAACACAUAACCUAUUAGAGAAUAAUCCAACAGUCAACAAGUAUUAUAAAAGAUUCAAACCUUCCAUCCCCAAGAUAACAAUUUUCUCUAAAGUAAAACAAAAAACUGGUGUAACGAUACGAAUUUUCAAAACGAUCUUGAAAGAUAAAUAUGGUUAUAAAUCAGGUUCAAAAUCAAACACCAAUCCGUGUAUUAUCUGGAUAUCUAGAGAAUAUAGUGUAACGAGGAAUUUACAUGUGUCAAUGACUCACCAUAUUCUAAUGAAUAAUUGUAAAAUACUUAAGGAAACUCUACAACUAUCGACUGAUGCACCAAUCUUUUCUCUCUGUUCCCAUACUACUGGACCUGGUUUUAUUCAUAGUUGCCUAUUAGGUAUUUAUGUUGGUUCUACCACUAACCUGUUCAGUAUUUCAAACGUUAUGACUGACCCCAAAGAUUUCUUAUUCGGAUUACAAAACCUAAAUGUCAAGAACCUUUAUUUGGAUAUGAAAACUUUCAGAAUAAUUUUAGAAAAGGCAUACAAUUUGAUACGAGCUUUACCCUACACCAAAGAUGGGAAACAUCAUUCAUCUUCUUCUUCUUCGUCGAAAAAUAUUUCGACAGCUGUCUUGAGAUCUGAUUUCUUAAGAAAUGUUCAAAAUUUGAUGAUACCAUUUAUAAAUAGACCUCAAACUGUCUUAGUGGAGAACUUAUUGAAAAGGUAUAAUAAUGUUUUCGUUAGUCCCACUCAAAUAAAUUACGUAUAUCAACACCAUUUCAAUUCACUUAUUUCAUUAAGAUCAUACUUGAAUGUUCCGCCAGUUGACUUAUAUCUUGAUACAGUUUCCUUACGUGAAGGUAUCGUUAAAGAAGUUGAUCCAGCAAUUACUGAUGAGAGUGAAUAUGUUAGGAUUCAAGACUCUGGUAUAGUACCUGUAUGUACCGAUGUAUCUGUUGUAAACCCAGAGACAUUAUUACAAUGUUAUGAUGGUGAAUUUGGAGAAAUUUGGUGCUGUUCUGAAGGUAAUGCAUUUAACUAUUAUAUUUGUGAUGAAGAGAACAAUAAAUUAUCAAAGGAUCCAUUUAUUACAGAACAAUUCAAGAGUAAAUUCAAGAAAGAUGUUGAUGAUGGAUUAACAUAUUUGAGAACUGGUGAUUUGGGAUUUAUUAAAAAUGUAUCUGUUCCAGAUUCACAAGGAGAUUUAAUUAAUUUGAAUCUUUUAUUCUUAUUAGGUGCAAUUAAUGAAACUAUUGAAGUAUUGGGUUUAACACAUUUUGUUGUUGAUCUUGAAAAGACAGUGAGGCUAGCUCAUCCCUCUAUUAUUACGUGUAUUGUUUCCAAAGCGGGUGGGUUAUUAGUAUGUUUGGUGAAAUGUAAAGAUACUGUUCAAGAUAAAUUAGCCAACAUAACUGCUCUAAUUGUAACUCAAUUAUUGAAUGGACACGGUGUUGUGUUAGAUCUCUGUGCGUUUGUUGCUACAAGAGGCAGCAUGGGUUAUUCUCUUACUGAUUGGCCAAAGAACCGAGAUAUUGUGAUGGAAAAUUGGUUAUCGCAGGAUAUUGAAAUCAAAGAACAAUACGGUAUCAAUUAUGGUGAAAACAUUUCUAUAUAUCUACUCUCUGAAUCCCAGAGGAAUGAUUAA